UGUAUAACCAUAUUUUUGUUCUAGCUAUAGAAUAAGGACCCGUAAGAAUGGACGUGGGUACGGCUCUCGCAAGCGUCCAAGCUAUAAAAGGUGCCUUACUCUUGCUGUCAGCACUCGCUCUCACGAGCUACAAGUGGCCGGUAGAUAAACCACUUAGUGACAGUGCAACAUGCGAUUACAUCGUGAUUGGUGCUGGAACAGCGGGUAGCGUCAUGGCGAAUCGUCUCAGUGAGGAUCCAAGGUCUAUCGUGUGCGUCAUAGAGGCCGGAGGAGACCCACCUUUGGAGACUGAGAUUCCAUCGUUGUUCGCUUAUUUGCCGAAGACUUACAUGGACUGGAAUUUCAUCUCAGAAGAUGAUGGCUAUACGGCACAAUACCGCCAGCAGACAUAUCUAAAUCUCGCGCAAGGCAAAGUGCUCGGAGGCAGCAGUUCUCUUAAUCACUUCUACCACAUUAGAGGAGAUCCCAAGGAUUAUGAUGAUUGGGCAACGGCUACCGGUGACGACACGUGGUCCUGGCAAAAUCUUAUCCCAUACUUCAUCAAGAGUGAACGAAUUGAAGAUCCAUACAUAUUAAACUCACAAAGCAGUAAAUAUUGCGGAACAAACGGCUACAUGGGUAUAACGAGGGAGAGUAGAGAUUUACCUCUCAAAUACUUAGAAGCUUUCAAAGAAAUGGGACACAAAAUUAUUGAAAACGUAAACGCAGGCGAUACAUUAGGUUUCUUCCUGCCUAUGUUUACUAUAUUUGGAGGAGUUCGGCAAAGCAGCGCGGAGUCAUUCUUGUCACCAAUAAAGAACAGGGAAAACUUAUUUAUUAUGAAAAAUACUUUAGUAACGAAGAUUGUGAUCGAUGAAAAUUUACAAGCGACAGGUGUUGAAUGUAAAACUUCGGAUGGAACAUCUAUUACAAUACUUGCUCAAAAGGAAAUUAUAGUUUCAGCUGGUGCCUUUAAUUCGCCUAAACUUCUUAUGCUCUCUGGCAUAGGGCCAAAAGAGCAUCUUGAAAGUUUUGGCAUUAGCGUGGUGUCUGAUUUACCUGUGGGUGAGAAUUCACAAGAUCACAUGGCUGUAAUAUUGGUUCAUCAGUUAGAAGAAACUAAUGAUACGCUUACUUCAGAUCCAUCCCAAUUUCCUGUACCAACUUUUGUUGGUUUCGGAGCUAUAGAUAAGACUCAGAGUUAUCCCGACUACGUAACAUUAAAUUUAAUCAGUCGGAACAGCCCAGCAGCGUUAAUGCAACUAUGUUCAUCAGUAUUUAGUCUUCACGAAAACAUUUGCGCCCAGAUUUAUGCCGCCGGUGAAGGUAGAGAAGUACUGUUCUCAGUACUGUCGUUAGGCCGGCCCUUGUCUCGGGGACAGGUUCGUUUACAAAGUACGAACCCUGAAGAUCCACCAAAAAUUUACACAGGAUUUCUGAGCGCUACUUUAGAUUUACAGAACUACGUUGAUUCCAUUUUAGACUUUGUCAGAGUAACCGAGUCAAGUUAUUUCACUGGAGUUGGGGCUCAAACAAUAUAUUUUGACUUCCCGAACUGCAGUUCUGCGACGAACAUAAGAGAUUAUUGGGAGUGCUAUGUUCUCCAUAUGAUGGAUACUACGUUCCAUUAUAGUGCUACAUGCCCAAUGGGAACGGUUCUGGAUUCCAGCCUCAAAGUCGUCGGCGUGAACAAGCUUAGAGUGGUGGAUGCGAGCGCCAUGCCAAAUCUAACAAGCGGUAACAUAAACGCUGCCGUAGUGGUCCUUGCAGAAAAAGCCGCUGACAUAAUUAAGCGCAGCCAAUCUUGUGAAUAACAUCCAUUCUCUAAAUGAAUCUUAUAAUUUGACCU